CUUCCUUUCAGUGGCGAAUCGCCAGAUCGAUCGGUACCCGAAUUCACUCAUUCGCUUUUGAAUCCACCAAAUUCAACGGCUAAAUCCUCAAACCCUAGCUAAAACAUGAGUAUCGAGCCAUUCAACAAAUUGGUGAAGUUGGCGGCUAGGGCUUUUUACGAUGAUAUAACAGCGAAAGGAGAUAAUCAACCGAAAUCAGGGAGGAGUGAUAACAGAGGCAUUGCUGUUGUUGUUCUUGACGCUCUCACAAGACGACAAUGGGUGCGUGAAGAAGAUUUAGCAAAAGAUUUGAAGCUGCACUUAAAACAACUUCGGAGAACUUUGCGGUUUUUUGAAGAAGAAAAGCUAGUGACAAGGGAUCAUAGGAAAGAGACGGCCAAGGGUGCAAAAGCAUAUAGCGCUGCAGUUGCUGCCACUGCUGAUAAUCUUCCUGGAAGAGAUGGAGAAGAGAAGAUUAAGCUGCACACUCACUCUUAUUGUUGUCUCGACUAUGCACAGAUACAUGAUGUAGUGAGGUAUAGAAUGCAGCGAAUGAAGAAAAAGUUGAAAGAUGAACUCGACAACAAGAACACUGUCCAGGAAUACGUAUGCCCAAAAUGUGGGAAAAGAUAUAAUGCGUUGGAUGCUAUCCGAUUGAUCUCAUUUGAAGAUGAUUCGUUUCAUUGUGAAAGUUGCAACACGGAGUUGGUUGCAGAGAGCGACAAGUUAGCUUCUCAAGAUAUUGGAGACGGUGAUGAUAACGCAAGAAGACGACGUCGUGAGAAAUUAAGGGAUUUGCUUCAAAAAAUGGAGGCAGAACUUAAACCUUUGACAGAUCAGCUUAGCAGAGUAAAAGACUUAGAAGCCCCUGAUUACGGAACUCUUCAAGCAUGGGAACUUAGAGCAAGUGUGGUUGCGCGUGCAUCUAGUUCUGAUCCGACUGGCAAUGAUUCUAAUAGAUCGGGACAGGGAGGAACCCCUAUGCCAUUUCUUGGAGAGACAAAGGUUGAAGUGGCUUUCUCUGGUGUCGAGGAGAAAGGAGAAAUAAAAUCUGAAAACGCACCGAUGAAAGUUCUGCCUCCAUGGAUGAUUAAAGAAGGGAUGAAUCUUACAAAUGAGCAACGCGGGGUUGUAAAACAAGAAUCGAACAUGGAGGGAACUUCAGCAUCCAUGGAUAUGAAAGAUGAGAAGAAGUUGAUAAGCCAAGAGGACGAUGCAAAGAAUCUUCAGGAUGAGUACGUGAAAGCAUAUUAUGCUGCUAUACUUCAGAGGCAAAAAGAACAAGAGGAAGCCACCAAGAGGGAGCAAGAUCUGUCAGCCAAUAGCAUCUUAACAGAUGUUGACCCGUCAAGUUCUAGAAAACGACAACGUGAUGAUGAUGGAGAAGAUGUUGAAUGGGAAGACACUCCCACUGCAGGCGAGACUUUCAAGGUGGACUUGAAUGUUGAAGCAGCCGAGCUGUCAGGUGAUGAAGAGGAUGAUGAUGACGGUAUUGAUUGGGAAGAAGGCUGAUCUUGUGGUCGUUAUAUACCUCAAGUCGUUUCUAAAAACGUUUGGAUUUACAAAUUCAGUUUGUGUUAGCGUUUGAUUAUCUCCGAUUUAAAUUGGGAUAUUGAACUCUGCUAAUCGAUUUUUGCCGCUACUUCUUGGACCCCCCAAAGGGGUGCGAGCGACCCAGUUGACCUCACUUUUGCCCAAAGCUGGAGAACUAUAUUAGUUUUGAAUGAGCGUGCACUCUACCCCUUUUUAACUCA